GCGUUCCCCAACAAUAAGCAAUGCGCGAGGUGAUGUUGUGGUUUACAGAAGGAGCAGCCAGAGAAGAAUGAUCUGAGCAUAUAAGGCAGAAGAAAAGAUGGAUCCACAGCAGUGGUGCAUGCUGGGAGGUUCGGCGGCUGCCGUGAUUGCAGGGGUGUAUGUGCUCUGGGGACCUGAAAAUAAGGGCAGGAGACGCAAGAGGGAUCUGCCUCCUGGACUACUGAACCUGGGGAACACCUGUUUUAUGAAUGUGGUACUGCAGAGCCUGGCUGCCUGCCCCUCCUUUGUCCAGUGGCUGGGAGACUUCAUCGAUGCUCACAUCAGUGAUGAGAACUACACCUCCUACCUGGCCUAUACCAUGGUCAGAGUCAUGAAAGUGUUGACCAACCAAGCCAUAGUCCCCGACCCGUUCAGCCCUGUGGAGGUGCUGGAGGCACUGAGGGCCAGGAGAUGGGUCAUCUCAUCAGAGGAACAGGAUGCCCAUGAGUUAUUCCAGGUCCUCACAUCAACACUGGAUGAAGAGAAGACAGCUCCUCCCUCGGUGGUGUCACUGUUCAACAUAGGGCUGCUGCAGCUGGAGGAGAAGUUCUGUGAAGAAGGAGGGAAGAGGGACCCUGCUGUCAACAGGGCAAAUGGUUUCCUGCCACCUCUGGCCUACUCUGGGCAGGACCAUCCCUUCAAGGGUCUGUUGGCCAGUCAGCUGAGGUGUAAACAGUGCUGGCACAAGUGUCCAGUGAAGUAUGACCACUUUGACAGCUUGUCACUCAGUCUCCCACCUGAUGAACUGGGCCCCCACACCUUGGAAGGUCUCCUCCAGCAGUUUGUGAUGUCAGAGACAGUGCAGAAUGUGGAGUGUGAGAACUGUCAGAAGGCCUCCUGUCCCUGGGAGGAGGAGGGAGCCACAGCCAGGACUGCUUUCAUCAAGCAACUCACACUGGGGAAGCUGCCCCAGUGCAUGUGUGUGCACAUCCAGAGAACUGUGUGGCUGGAUAAUGGCACACCCACCAAGAGGAAGGACCAGGUGUUGUUCCCAGAGUACCUGGACAUGUCAGCAUUCAGAUACAAGGCAGGGCUGCUGGGGGGUAAGGCCAGGGGUGUGAGGAAUGGGAGAGUGCCAAAUGGGAUACUGCACCGUGGAGAGUCUGUUCCACAGAGCCCAGUGAGUAGCUGCCUGAGUUCGCCGGUAUUCCCCUCUACCCCCCUGUUCUCCCCAUCACGCCUGUCCUGUUACCCCAGUAUGGCCAUGAUCAGUCCCUUCAGUCCAGCCAAGGAAUCUGUCUUCAAAAGCACACCCUUCAGAAAGCCUGUGCACACGUCUGUGUACAGACUAGUGGCAGUGAUUGUGCACCUGGGUGAGGUAUUCUCCGGCCACUUUGUGUGCUACCGGCGCGCUCCGGAGGGCGAGCAUGGCGUCUUCAGCGAGAAGUGGAUCAAGACGUCAGACAUGAUGGUGAGGAGAGUGCUGCUGCAGGAGGUGCUGGGCGCUGAGGUCACGUCAGCAGGCGUCGUCUCAGCGGGCAUCUCUUCCGAAAAAGGCGCACCAACAGUACGAUACAAGUACCGGCCGGGCAGCAGUGCCCUCCCCACCCUUUACACCUCACCAAUGGCGACCUUGCUCGUGGUAAUUAUGCUGUUCGGCGCGGCGGCCCGGUCUCAGCGGACCCAGUGCCCCGACCCCGGGAGCCAGUUCCAGUGCGGGGACGGGCGGUGCAUCGACCGGCGGUGGGUGUGCGACCGGCGGGCCGACUGUUCGGACUACACCGACGAGACCAACUGUCCCGACAUGGCCCAGCCGGUGCCGCGGGGCUGCGGGCCGUCCCAGUUCACCUGCCGCUCCGGACAGUGCGUCCCCUCCGCCGGGGUCUGCAACGGGCAGCCGGACUGCGCAGACAGGUCGGACGAGGUCGGAUGCGGUAGAUCCACCUGUAACGGACACUCCAACAUACGCGACCCGUCGACGGGAUACUGUCUCAAUUGCCAGCACAACACGCAAGGCACCCAGUGUGAAUUCUGCUCCCCCGGUUACUAUGGAGACGCUCGAAGGGGCACGCCCAGCGACUGCCGGCCGCUGCCUGGUCAGACGGGCGCUGUGAUCACCCGGCGGGUGUCCCGGCCCUGUAACUGCCACAGGCACGCCUACAUGUGCGAUUCUCAGGGCAACUGCAUGAAAUGUGAACACAACACGUACGGCAGUCAGUGUCAGUACUGCGCAUCCGGUUACUAUGGCGACGCACGGAGGGGCACACCCAACGACUGCCAGCCGAUAUCCGACCAAUCAGGCGCCCGCGUCAGUGAGCAACGGGUUACCAGGCGAUGUAACUGUCACGGGCAUGCGUAUCAGUGUGAUUACAUUGGCAGGUGCUUGAACUGCCAACACAACACACGGGGAAACAACUGCGAGCACUGCGAGGAGGGAUACACGGGGAAUGCACAGGGCGGGACUCCAUACGACUGUCAGCCCGUGCAGAGAAUACAGUGUUACUGCUACAGACACGCCUCCAGUUGCGACACAAACGGCCGAUGCGUGGACUGUCAGCACAACACGUACGGUGAACACUGUGAGAACUGUUUACCCGGUUACCGUGGCGACCCGAAGAAGGGCACGGCGUACGACUGCCAGGUGGACCGGGCCUCGGACCAGCAGCAGCCGCCGUCCUACAGCUGCCACUGCCACGGCCACGCCCGCGCCUGCGACUCCUACGGAAGGUGCUUGGACUGUCAGCACAACACGAUGGGGUACCGGUGCGAGUCGUGUAAACCCGGGUACACGGGGGACGCCACCCGCGGGUCCGCGCUAGACUGUCAGGCUCAGAGCCCGCCGUGUAACUGUUACGGACACGCCUACAACUGCGACCAGUACGGCAGAUGUGUGAACUGUCUCCACAACACGGACGGUAAAAACUGCGAGCGGUGCAAAGUCGGUUACCAAGGCGACGCGAAGAGGGGCACGGCCCAGGACUGCCAGCUGGUCUCCCCUCCUGCCCAACCCCCGGCCAGGACGUACCAGUGUUACUGCUACGGACACUCUAACCAGUGUGACCAGUAUGGACGGUGUCAGAAUUGUCGCCAUAACACGUACGGGUCUCGCUGUGAGAACUGCCUACCGGGGUACCAAGGCAACGCGCAGACCGGCCUGCCCAACUCCUGUACUCCUGUGUCGCGCCCCGCCCCAGCCCCUGCUCCGGCCCCAGCCCCGGCCGCUCCGCCGGCACAACAGCAGCCUUCCCGCCAGCAGUGCUACUGCUACGGGCACUCUAACCAGUGCGACGCCAACGGGCGCUGCGUUAACUGUAUGCACAACACGGAGGGUCCGAACUGUGAGCGGUGCCGGGAGGGGUACGCGGGAGAGGCGCGGAGAGGCACGCCGUACGACUGCCUCCUGGUGGAGGACUGCAGGUGUUACGGACACUCAGACGAGUGCGACGCUUCUGGCAGAUGUCUGCGCUGCAAACACAACACGAUGGGUGACCACUGUGAGAAGUGCCUGCCGGGCUACACGGGCGACCCCCGGUACAGCACCCCGGGAGACUGCAGCGCCAUCGUGCCCUGCUCCUGUAACGGGCACUCGGACGCCUGCGACGCCGAGGGAAUAUGUCUGGACUGUAAGCACAACACGCAGGGUGACCAGUGUGAGCUGUGUGCGGAUGGAUACAGGGGUGACGCCACCAGAGGUACGCCGAACGACUGUCACUGGGCCUUCGAACCCUGCGACUGCUACGGACACUCCACGGAAUGUGACUCCAGGGGACGGUGUCAGAACUGUGAUCACAACACGUACGGCGACAAGUGCCAGUACUGCAAGCCGGGGUUCGUCGGUGACGGCCGGCUGGGCACGCCAGACGACUGCCAGCGGGUGACGUCACCCAUCGACCGGGUCCCCUGCUUCUGUAACCGCCACUCCGACGUCUGCGACAACUUCGGGCGAUGUCUCUACUGUCAGCACAACACAGAGGGCGACCAGUGCGAGCAAUGCGUGAUGGGAUACUUCGGUGACGCCACGGUAGGCACGGCGGCAGACUGCAAGAUGCUGGUGCCCUGCAUGUGCCAUCAGCACGCCAACGACUGCGACGAGAUGGGCAGAUGCAUAGGUUGUCUCCACAACACAGAAGGAGACAAGUGUGAGCGGUGUAAGGACGGCUUCAUGGGAGACGCUACAGAAGGCACGCCGGACGACUGCCGUCCCACAAUCCCCUGCAAAUGUAACGGACACGCCACUGACUGUGACGCCAACGGGAAAUGUAUGAACUGCCUCCACAACACCCGAGGAGAGUUCUGUGAGCUGUGUGCGAUCGGGUUCUACGGCGACCCGUCCAGUGGAGAUGUGAACGCCUGUAAGGAAUGUCCCUGUCCGCUCACAACCAGGGAAAACAGGUUUGCCGAAACCUGUUUCCUAGACAGCGACAACAAGCCGACGUGUAGAAAUUGUAGAAGAGGACAUUAUGGUCGAGACUGCGGAAAAUGUAAGCCCGGCUACAUGGGGAACCCGUUUGUUAUGAACGGAGGCUGUGUACGGAGACCGUCAGGGGUUAGGUCCCAACCGAGAAGAAUACCGGUCCGGAUCAUCCCGUGACCUAUGACCUUCCAUGAUUGUCCCAGCUCAUCAUGACAUGACAUGAUAAUCAAGGCGUUCUGGCGCUAUAAAAAACUUCUCAGAUCAGGACUGCUGUGGUAUUUUGGAUUUUGACCGUGUAAAAGACCACGUAUUUGAUGCUGGACAUCUUCGAUCCCUGCAUUUCUGAACUAGGUUGCACAAGAUGGAAAUCCAAGAAAUCCAUGAUUUUGUACAGUCAUGUACAUGAACAAGAUCCGAGAAAAACGCACUUGGAACACUUAAUGAGAAAUAAAAGCAACUUUCACAAAUUCUGGACUGGAAACUGGAAACCUUGCCAUUACCCCGCAACAGUCAUUUCAUACUACUUCGAUCACCAUAGGAACACGAUCAGUAUACCUCAAAAUAAUAUGGUGCUCCUUAGGACACGUUUUUAGAAAUGCAUCUGACAUACAUGUUUUUGAUGUACAUAUACCUACUGUUGUUUUACAAAUAUAAUGGCAGAGGUCUCUAGAACCAUUGGUGCUGUGUAUAUACGACAUUUUACUCUAAGAUUUUCUUUCGUCUGAUGUAUUUUGUCCCCAGAUGUUUACAACAUGUCUUACCACAGAAAUGUAUGUAACCUUUGUGGCAGACACAUGUGCAUUCGGCCUGAUGUUUUGCAGGGUAAUAACUGUAAAACUAUUAUUUUGAUAUAUUCUAGACAGGUUGAACAGUUCGUUAGCUUUGAACGAAUCAUACAAAGUAGUUAGCUAUGAUCAUGAAUUGCAACAUUUUUGUGUAUAGUUUCUGUAUAGUAUGAAUACUAGUAACUAGUUACCUAAACAUAUUUGGCUGCCAAUGUUUGCAUUUUGCCAUCUCAUUUGUUGCUCUCGUUGUCAGGGUAGUUUACACACGGAACAUUGAAAUGUGUCUAUCAUACUUAGUCUUACAUAGUUUUACUGUCACAUUAAGCAUGGUUUUGAGACGGACAGGCAACUGUACCUUUAAUGAAUCAUGAUGAAGAUUAAAGCUGUACAGA